AUGGAAAGAGGUUGGCUCCAUGGGAAGGGAGUCCUCCUCUGCCUCCUUCUCCCCCUGCUGCCUCAAGGAAGAGGAGACACUUUCACCAUCAAUUGCUCAGGCUUUGAGCAGCAUGGAGUGGAUCCUGCUGCCUUCCAACCAGUGUUUGACAGAAAGGUCUUCCUUCCAGCCACCAACUACAGCAACCCCAUUCAUGUCAACAUCUCCUUCACCGUGUCUGCCAUCCUGGAAGUGAAUGCACAGCUUCAACAGAUGACAUCAUUCCUGUGGCUAAAUAUGAAAUGGUACAAUCCGUUCAUCAGGUGGAACCCAGAGGAAUGUGGGGGCAUCAGGAACCUCAGCAUAGCAACUGAGAACCUGUGGCUUCCAGAUAUCUUCAUCGUGGAGUUCAUAAAUAUAGAUGAGGCAGCUGAGGGGCUCAUGGCUUAUGUCAACAGUGAAGGGCACAUCCGAUAUGACAAGCCAAUGAAGGUGAUCAGCAUCUGUAACCUGGACAUCUUCUAUUUCCCCUUUGAUGAACAAAACUGCACACUGACUUUCAGCUCUUUCGUCUACACAGAGGAGAACAUGGUCCUGGGCAUGGAGAAGGAAGUGCAGGAGAUUUCGAUCACAUCCCAGAACCUCAUUCAGAGCAAUGGGGAGUGGGUACUUCUGGGAAUCCACCAGAGAAUGGUGAAGAUGACUGUGGGCACCAGCCAGUACGACCAAAUCAUUUUCUAUGUGGCCAUCCGGCGCAGACCCAGACACUAUGUCAUAAACCUUCUGGUGCCCAGUAGCUUUCUGGUUGCCAUUGAUGCCCUCAGCUUCUACCUGCCAGCAGAAAGCGAGAACCGCGCCCCAUUCAAGGUGACACUUCUUCUGGGCUACAACGUCUUCCUGCUCAUGAUGAAUGACUUACUCCCGGAUACUGGCACCCCCCUUAUCAGUGUCUACUUCGCUCUCUGUCUGUCACUGAUGGUGCUCAGCCUGCUAGAGACCAUCUUCAUCACCUACCUGCUGCACCUGGCCACCACCCAGCCCCCACCCAUGCCCCGGUGGCUCCAUUCCCUGCUUCUGCACUGCACCAGCCCAACAAAAUGCUGUCCCACUGCUCCCCAGAAGAGAAACAAGAACCUGGGCCUCUCCCCAGCCCACCUGCCUGGUCUGAAGGAGCCUGUGGAGUUUGUGGGGAAGAUGCUGGGACCCCAAGAGGCAGAGUUAAAUGCUUACCCUGGGUCCAUGAGGAUCUGUCAGGAAGAUGAGCUUCAGAAGCAGCACUUGGUCAGCCUGUGGAUGCAGUUCAGCCACAUGAUGGACACCCUGCUGUUCCGCCUCUACCUGCUCUUCAUGGCCACCUCCAUCAUCACAGUCCUUGUCCUCUGGAACACCUAG